UCCGACCUGCGCGUCAUUUGUUCCAACGCAAUCACAGCCAUCCGCUAAGGCGCAGCUCGCGCUCUGUUGUACGUCCCGUUAAUCCUUCCUCCAUACCGGAAGUUUCCGCUGCCGCUGGUGAGAGCUCUUCAUGGCCAGGAACCAUGAAUUAACCCCGAUUUAUUCAUUGGCCGUGUCAAGAAAACGCUGCGCGUUUGGGGAUGAACCACAUAUGGCUGGAAAAUCAGGUGUAACAAUCCUUGAGCCAUAUAAUUGUGCAGCGUGUCCUGAGUGAGGAGUUCUUGCUGCAAUGGUGCUGGAUCUGAGUGAGGACUGUGUGGAGAGGGCUGAUGACGAGAUCAUGGAGGCCACUCGAGAAGAUUUUCAAGAACCAGAGCCCAAUAUAGAGAAACGCAAUCUUGUAGCGGUCAGUGCUUCAACCCAGAGGGACGGACAGCACCACAAUGGGCCUUGCAGCACUCCAACAGAGCAGAGGAUGCAGGGAGCAGAAGGAGGACUGAGUGGAAAUAGUGAAAAAAAUAAGAAAGACUUGCCCAUGAAGAAGACAGAGCUUCAAAGGCCACUUAGUCUGGAGAUCAAACCACAUCGUGUUAAGACAAAUAAUCAGUGUGAAAGGAAAGUGGUGCAGCCUCCAUGGCGUUAUGGUGCACCUUCUCCCCCCACACGAAGCCUCACAAGCCCCAGUUUGGGACCUGGAGGCUGGAUGCGGCGCAGUGAAAGUACUUGUACAGUAAACUCCACGGCACAAUCUGGAGCCAGCAAAGGGCGAAUGCGGCCAGCUACAUCUCUGCCGCAUAUUGCCCGGAGGCUGGUGGCUGCACCAUUGCCUACGCCUUCUACACCACGUGGGCCCUGUUUACUCGUGGCUCUGAGACCCUUAAAUCUCGAACAAGAGCGACAGACCUUUUUCCAGUCUGAUUAUAACUACGAUCCCCAGUUUGAAUACGCAUCACCGGAGCCUGUUAGUGUCCUGGAGAAGUAUAAAGAAGGAUCUGGGCUUUUUCUUUCUCAGGCAGUUAAUAUCAUGGAAUGCGUCAUGAGGAAGUUUGGCACCUACGAGAACUUUGAAGAAGUCACCGGAGGAAGUGUGUUACCCAAAAGUCGUGUUUGGGCGAUGGCGCGCAAGUACUUACAGAAAGAGGGCUGUGUGGGGCAGGUUGUGGUGUGUCUGUCUGAUGAGCUCCUGUCUCAGGCUGUGAUGAUGGUGGAGAGCUGUAGGCCAACCUUAACCAUUAAUUUGUCUGGAGCACGGCAGCACUGGCUAGAAGGGAUGCUAAGACAUGAGAUCGGUACACAUUACUUACGCGGCGUGAAUAACAGCAUGCAGCCGUGGGCCACUGCCGUCGGAAGGAAGCAGUUUGGACUGAAGCCAGCCAAUCCAACAGAGGAGGGACUGGCCAGCAUUCACAGCGUGCUGUUGCGGAAGCAACCUUUCUUGUGGCGAGCUGCUCUCCUCUACUACACCGUGUACCAUGCAGCCCACAUGAGCUUUAGCCAACUGUUUAGCUAUAUCGCUCGCUUUGUCCAGGACCCUGCAGUACGCUGGGAAUACUGCCUUCGUGCCAAACGGGGACAAACGGACACCUCAAAACCAGGCUGUUUCAGUAAAGAUCAAGUCUACCUAGAUGGAAUCCUAAGGAUUUUACGGCACAGAAGAAACAUUGAUUUCAAGAUGUUAACCUCACUGGGCAAGGUGUCCUAUGAAGAUGUGGAAAGGCUUCGUCAUUAUGCUGUCCUGCGGAGAACCAGGAUCCCCCACUUCAUGCAAGACCAAGAACGAUACCUGCAGCAGCUAGACCACAUUGUCGUAACUAAUGAACUGAAUGAUGUUGAGCUACAAGAACUCAUUCCAUGAGGAUCAGGGUUUGGUUAUAUUUGGGGCUUUUUCCAGUAUCCAAGUGUGAGUAUUUUGUCAUUUCCAGGUGCGACCUACUUUAAAAAAAAAAACAAACAAAAACAAACAGUUCUUGGGUUAAUACCUGGAUUAUAUCCACAUCAGUGAAAAUUCACAUUGGACAAAAUCAUUUUUAAUCAAGUGAUUAACAUAUCACAUAAUCAUAUUCAUAUUGUUUCAGCAUUUUCAGCAAGUGCCAAAACUUGCCAUGUGCGAAUUUACAGUUACAGAGAUCAUCAUUAAUUUCUCUGAACCAAUAAUAGAUAAAACAACUGGAACCUCUAAACUAUUAAAUAUUGUAGCCUAAUUAUUGGAGGUCAGUGGAAGAUCGAGGAAGGAAGUUGCUGCGAUAUUUUGACAAAAUGAAGACACGCACUCAAGUAGCGAUUUGUUUGAUUUCUACACACACUUCUUUUACCUCGACUUCUAUAAGCACUGCAUUUUAGUGUUGUUCCUGUGAUGCUGUUUUAGUCACUGCUAGAGCUUUUUAAACCACUGUCAGUAUUUAUGAAAAUAUUUAUUCUUAUUUUUUACUUUAUGCAUUCAUAAUGAAGACAGAAUGUUUGUGAUUUUUAUCUAUGUACUUCCAUUUAAUGUUAGUUAUUAGAAAUGCAUUGAUACUUCAUUUAUUCUUUUUACAUAUUUUUUGGACUGAAGGUAAAUUAGGGGUGUCAUUGGUUGCUACAUUUCAUGAGUUUGAUGUUUGAAAUGUUAAGGUGUUAAAUAGUAUUUUUAAUAGAGUGCAUAGGAUGCCAACUUGACCAUGAAAAGCGAGCAACCCUAUAAAAAAAAAAACAUUGUCACUGUGCCAUUAAUUGACCCUCAAGCAAAGUGUAGACGCUGGUGAAAGCAAGCAUGCAUAUCAGCGCUCACAGAACUGAAGUGAAUCGUUUUUUCUGCUCACUUGUGUCACUUACUUCUGUGUGUGCAUAAUUCAUGGCCCACUCAUUCAACUACUCAUUAAGGUCAGUUGCACUCAUGCUUUCUAUAAAGAUUCUGUUUAUAAGCCACAGGAUGUUUUUAUAAGGUUACUCAUAUUAGAGGAAGUUGCUGUAGCUCUUCCUUUUGAUCUUUUCAGAGCACAGUUUACAGCAUGUUUUUUUUUCUUUUUCUUUGAUUGCUACAAUUAUUCAUAAAAUAUAUCGGUCACUGUCAUUUUGUGGCAUCUGUUCCUAGACUAUAUGUACACAAGUAUUGUAUAUUGGCAGUACCAGCAAAUGAGUAUGGUAUUAACUAAUAAUCGGUUUUGUAUUGGUAUCGAUGCAUUCCUAGUUAUCAUUUACCUUAGUGUUUUAAAAAGGGCAAAAAAUGAUCUAUAAGCAUCAAAUGGCAUUGAGAGGCCACAUGCAUUAAAAAGUGCAAUUGACUAGUAUUUUAUAUCAAGACAAAAAAAAACGUCAUUAAUGGCUAAGUAUUAAACAUACAGUCAGGCAACUGUGGAAACUAUAAGUUGUUACCACAGCAGCCUCUGGCCCUUAAUCCUGUUUGCAAGUCAGCUUCCUGCAGCUACUUCACAUAAGGCAUGUGAUGGGACUCAGGAUGAGAUGCAACAAAGUGAUGUGAAUGUGCCUUCAAAGAGUUCAGAACUCCUCUGUAGUGGUCAUCUAUGUAAAAAAGCUUGAAAUUAGAUGUUCCAACCCUGUAGUAUUUAUCACCUUCUGUAUUGCAUGAAUAUUGCACAUUUCAUGAUCUUUAAGUAAUCUGGGAUUUGCAGAUUAUUUAUUAAAAUGCUAAACCCA